AACACAUUUUAUUUGAUAUUUUCUCAUUUACAAACCUACCAAUACAACCAUCAUCCAGUACAUCAUAACCUCAAUAUCUUUAACAUAACCACAGAGAAUACCUCACCCUCAAUAACCUCCAUAAAAUCCCCAAAACCCACCCCAAUUUUCCCAAAGAUCAAGCCAAAAAGAAAAAAAAAAUCACGUAACAACUGCUUGUGAACCUGAGGGCCGAGUGAGUGAAGGUCAGAGCAGACGACACACAAACCGGGUUAUUUUCGUCCCACUUACUGUCUUCUCGGAUAAGUCUUGUGGGUUUACAGCUCGGCGGAUGUUAGAGGAGAGAGGACAUGGCUUCAGAGGAUUCCGAGGAGCUCACCGUGACUUCAGAAGUACACCAUUUCUCCAAGGAGGAAGUGAUUGAUGGUUCCGCGGGAGCUGUGUUAUCAAGAUUUGAUUUUGUGUACCCUCCUUAUAUGACAUCAUGUGAGGACAGUAAGAUAAUGAAGGCAGUGACAGAUGCUGAUGGAGAUCUUCAAGUCACAAGAAAGAACACUCUCCAUAAGAAAGAAGGUGUUGUUCUCAUUGAACACCAGAGUGCCACAACUUUAGACUUGGUCGGUGAACAAGUUUGGCGUGGGGCACUGUUCCUCGCAGACUUCAUCCUCCACCAUCCUGAGAUCUUUAAGAAUGCUAACAUCCUGGAACUGGCUUCUGGGGUUGGACUGACAUCCAUAGUUGCAGGGAUGCUUGCAAAGAAAGUUGUGAUUACAGACGUGGAUCGUGGUGAUAUUUUGACUCUUAUUGAUCGUAAUGUGGAAAGAAACAAAGAUCUGAUGAAAGCGGAAAUUCUUGUGAAGGAAAUAGACUUCUACGACCAUGCUACAAUUGAUGAAACCUACGAGUCACUUAAAGACAUCUCUGUCAUUAUGGCUGCAGAUACCAUUUAUCACAACCAGUUAACAGACCAAUUCUUCAGAACAAUAUUGAGAUUGAUGAGUGAACCGCCAAACAAGACAAUGUAUGUGGCCUUAGAGAAAAGAUUUGUGUUUACAGUAGAGGACUUGGACACAGUAGCUCCCUGCUAUGACUAUUUCCUCGAUCGCUUAGACUGGCUGCGUUGUCAGAAUUUGGCGACAAUCAACUGGACUAUAGAAGAGGUCCCCAUCGAUUUCAAGCAGUACUUCAUCUACGAAAAGACCCGGCAUUUAGUUCUGUGGAAAAUUGCUGCCAAGCUAAAAUGAUAUUUCAGAAAUCUUUUUUUUUU